AUGGUCGAGGGAUUGUGUCAGGUCGUGGUGGCAGUCGAGGCGGUUGCAGCUUGUGAGGUGGCGAGGGGCAUCGGCAAGGCUCGCAAGGCCUACGCCGACUGGGAUGCCAUGGUGGUGACCACUCCCAGUUCCUUUGCCGCCAAUGCGGUGGCUGACCCCAUCACGAUCAUGGCCAACAAGUCGACGAAGUGGGGCAAGAUUUGGAGCGAUGCAGAGGAUACCCCAGCUAGUAUCAUUCAAGCGCUGAGCGCAAUACGAUGCAAAGCAGCUGAGGAGGACAUCCCUCCGCUGCAAUGCGAGCAGCUCCAGGCUGCUAUCCGAGUCACGGGCAACAAGAAGGCUCGUGGAGUUGAUGGGCUUGGUGCUGGCGACCUGGGCCGCCUGCCGACCCAGGCCCUUGAGGAGCUCAGGGACCUUUUCCAGCGAU